AUGAAAUGUCCUUUGCAUGGCAAAGAGUUGCGACCUUACCAAUGGACAAGUGAUAUUUCUGGAAAGCACAAGGAAAAUGGCAGGCUCAUUUUUGACUACAUGGGCAAUAUUAUCCUUGUUCAAAGAAUCUACCUUUGUGUACACGGCAGAAUGAGCCAUAAACUUCGCUCAACCACCCCUGAUAUUCACGAGACCUUGCCAAAGUAUAUUCAAGAAUAUUUUCCAGCACAAUUGUUUCUGCGUUGUGGCUUCACGAAAGCGUUAAUUAAUUUAAUUGAAACAGAUAUAACAAAAGGAGUGAACUUUUUCCAAAUAAGCGAGGGGUUAGCGUCCCUUAAUUUCAGGGAGUUUUCUCGGAGAAAUCGAAUCUAUGUAAGUGCCACCUUAAAUUCAACGGCUGUUGACGUCGCAUCCAAUUCUUCCGACUUUUACAGUAACCCUAUUUAUUCUUUUCCAAGCAGUGACCAGAUCAUACGAUUUUUUCUGGCGUCAUUUGAAAAGAAAAAGCUUCUUUACUCCGAAGCCAUGGAAAGCUUACCCUCAUCAAUCUUGUCUUGCGAUCACACUUUUAAAAUAAGCCGUAAUGUCGGGUUGGUCAGGGAAGCAGACAGUAAAUUUGUGACCCAGUUCAAGCAGUUAUUUGUUUCGUUAAACGAAAUUGGAGAAGUUGUUGCGUGGAAAUUGACUAAGUCUACCGCUUUAAGCGAAGUUGAAGACCUCCUAAUUGACCUGAAAAAACGGAACUUGGUUAAGGGAAAAACACUAAAGCUUGUUUGUGUUGACGAUUGCUGCCAUGUUCGGAACAAAUAUGAAAAAAUAUUUCCUGGAGUAGACGUCAAACUUGAUUUGUUUCAUGCUUGUCAGAGAAUAACAAAGACCUUCACGAAAGGCAAUGCCUUGCACAACGACAUCACCAGAGACUUUAUACAGAUUUUUAGAGAUAACAAUGACCUCGGUGAAACGCGAACUAAACAUACCCCAAGUGAAGAACAAAUCGAAAAAAAUCUUAAUUCCUUUCAUGAUAGAUGGAUUAAUGUUCCAAGCAGCCCUUUAACAAGCGCAACACAAACAGAAUUGGAGAACCUGCGUCAGCACAUUAGGAAAGGGUGCCUAUCGUGCAUACCUCCAGGCUGUGGAACUGAACGCAACGAACAACUCCAUCGGCUUCUUAACAGAUCAAUGAUCACUGGAGCCAGUAUAAUAUCAGUCGAACUAGCAAUAGCUCUAUUGACUGUAAUCUUUUACAGCACAAUAAAAAAAAAUUUCCGCGUUAAAACAUGA